CCCCGUUCGUGUUUCGGUACUACACAACUCGCAUAUCCCGCAAACGCCGCAGAAGCAAACCAUCAAUUUCCAUGCGCUCGCUCGCUCCCAUCCCUCCUUCACCGCCACCACAAAGGACAAUGGUGGAUUGAGCGUUCCACGACAUGCCCCGAUCGUUCCCUUCAACAUUUCCAUGUAGCUUCAUGUGACCGGCCGCCCCCCCUGCAAUAUCCGCUGCUUUGCUCACCAGCUAGCUAGCUACUACAGCUGAUUCGGCACUCCCGCCUUUAAUCCAACCCCCCUGUCUGUUCACCGUCUGUGAAAAUACAUAUAUCCCGUUGCACCGGGGCCCUCGCCAAAUCUAGUCUCGAACCCACGGGAUGCCAAAAAAAAAAAUUGAAACGAAAUGCCCCGACUCCAUGGACGACCCGUUGUCAGAGGGCAAAAACUAUAUUUGCUAUAUGCGCCGCAACGCAGAGCCUUGGCUGGAAUAUCGUACCCCGUUACACGAUCCACACACACACACACACACAUACGGGGGAGUGCAAUGCAGUGACUUUUUGUGUUUGCGAUGGAGCACUUCCGGUAUACUCACGCACCUUGUACUAAGCAUAUAUGCGCUUGCGGUAUAA